AAGCCCAGCUACCAGCCGCCCAGCAAGCCCAGCUACCAGCCGCCCAGCAAGCCCAGCUACCAGCCGCCCAGCAAGCCCAGCUACCAGCCGCCCAGCAAGCCCAGCUACCAGCCCCAACAAACUGAAAAUGACAAUGUCUUCCAAAGCAAAGCUGGUAUGUGGGAUUUUGUCUCUGCUGGAGGAGGUGCUGCUUCUGGCUCUGUCCAGCCCACUGGUGUACCUAGCUUUGGACAGCCCAAAGAGCUGGAUCCUGCCUCAAAGCUCAUUCCUCGAAGCAAAGUUGGCACAUGGAAUUCUGGUCAUGCUUUGAGAGGAAACACUUUUGGCUCUAGUUCAACAUCAACUUCAUCAAUGGCUUUUGGACCUAGGGCACAGUCCAUCUACAGAAAACACGUGUUCCAGCCCAAGCACCAGCCACAGCAGCCAUCCAUGUACCAGCCAGUACACCAGCCCAACACGCCGCAUCACCCGCCGGCAUACUAUGCAGUGUACCAGCCCAACAUGCCGCAUCACCUGCCAGCGCACCAUGCAGUGCAACAGCCCAACAUGCCGCAUCACCUGCCGGCGCACCAUGCAGUGCAACAGCCCAACAUGCCGCAUCACCUGCCGGCGCACCAUGCAGUGCAACAGCCCAACAUGCCGCAUCACCCGCCGGCGCACCAUGCAGUGCAACAGCCCAACAUGCCGCAUCACCCGCCGGCGCACCAUGCAGUGCACCAGCCCAACAUGCCGCAUCACCUGCUGGCAUACCUAGCAAUGUACCAGCCCAACAACCCGUACCAUCCUUGGUACCAGCCGAACAAUCCAUCUUAAUCUCUCCUUGGCUGCAAAUGGGUUCCUGGAAGAACAGCCUCAAAUAACCCUCGUCAUGUGACACUGCAGCAACUGAUUCCUUUAAAAAUGAAUAAAACUGCAUGCAACUUAC